CCCCCAAGCUCCGAGGCCCCACAGCCAGCCGCACCGUGCGGCGCGCCCGCGGCUCUGCUUGUCCAUAGAGUGGUCACGAGGAGGACGGACAACUUUGAGUCCCCUCGUCUGGGAAGAAGAGCGCCACCCACAGCCAAUGGUGCUCGGGGUUCUGGAUUGAAUGGUCUGAGGAAUAUUGGCAAUACAUGCUUCAUGAAUUCAGUGAUUCAGUGCCUGAGCAAUACCCGACCACUCUUGGAAUACCUCCUUAAGCAAACAUACUUAUCAGAGACCAACACAACAAACUCAAGUAUGAAAGGAGCUUUAAUCAAAGCCUUUGCAAAGAUGAUUGAGGAAUUGUGGACUGGAGAGGGGCAGGUCAUCAACACAUCAGCAUUUAAGGGACAGAUACAACACUUUGCUCCACGAUUCAUGGGUUACAGUCAACAAGACGCUCAAGAGUUUUUGCGUUACCUACUUGAAGGUCUGCACGAGGAUGUCAAUCGAGUUGAGCAUAGGCCAAGCACUGUUCUUCCCGAUAUAGAUGACUCUUUGAGUGACAAUCAAAAGGCUGAAGAAUCCUGGCGACGAUAUUUAAGGAUUGACAAUAGCUCUGUAUUAGAUGUAUUUGUUGGUCAGCUAAAAUCAACACUGAAAUGUACAGUGUGUGGGCAUUGCUCAGUUACUUUUGAUCCAUUCUGGGAUUUGAGCUUACCCAUUCCAUCCCGGACUGGUCAAUUACGACUUCAUCAAUGUCUUGAACAUUUUACACGAGAAGAAGUUCUUGAUGGAGAUGAGAAGCCUACUUGUGCAAAGUGCCAAACCCGAAGGAAGUGCACUAAGAGCUUCUCAAUUCAGAAAUUCCCAAAGACUCUUGUAAUUCAUUUAAAGCGUUUUUCUCCAAUGGAACGUUUCCGGGGAAAACUCAGUUGCACAGUUGAGUUUCCUUUGACUGGCCUUGACCUCAGUGCUUACGCUGCAAACCCGGCAAACCGUGGGCGAGGAUGCACUUACAAUCUAUAUGGUGUUGCCAACCACUCCGGAACAACCUACUCUGGUCAUUACACUGCCUAUUGCAGACAUCCAUAUACACAUGAAUGGCAUGAAUACAAUGACUCAAGAGUUUCCAGUAUUGCAUCACGCAGUAUUGUGUCCAGUGAAGCAUAUGUUUUAUUUUAUGAACUGUCUGGGCACACUUCACAUCUGUAACUUUUCCUAAUGCAUUGAGAGGUCUGUUAUCAAUGGAGUGAAUUUGGAAAAAAUAAGUCAAGUUUCAAGUUUGUGAUACAUGAUGAGAAAAUUUAUGUGAUGGAAGAGGAACUGUGUUUCACUAUUUAUUUACCUUAUGUUUAAUUAUUUAUUGUAAAUGAAAGAAUGCUAGCAAGAUGAAAUUUUAAAAAUUGGAGUUUGUAAGCAGCAGAAAUGAAUUCAGAUUCCAAAUUGUUCAGUCCUCGUUCACAUGAUUGGAGAAGGCAACCAGAUUCUAUCUGUAAAUAUGCUUAAAGGCUAACAUUCAAGUCUAGGAGCUUGCUAGAGAACUUCAAAAAGAGAACAGUUCCCGAGCAAAAAGUGAGCAAGAUAUUUGACGCAAUUCUCUCCUCUCGUGAGGAAAUGCAAAGACAUUAAUAAAAAAUAUAGGCCUUAGCACAUUAGAGAAUGACUAUAUUUUUCACUUGAACACGAUGAUCUUUGUUAACUAUAGAUUUCUUGAAAUCUUUGUUAUAAGCAGUUGAGUGUAUGGAGCUGGUCACAAUAAGUGUGUCAAGCUGAAAUUGGAGAGUACACAUUCCAUGAACUUGACAUGCACUGCUUCCCAGUUCACUAAUUUUAGAAUUUUUGUUCUAUGCAUAGCAAUGUUAAAAUUGUUUUGCCUGUAUGAAUGGCACUCUUCAAAAGGAAUUAGUAUUUAUUUAUUUUUUGGGGUGAUACUCAUUUUUCAGAAUAUAAGAAUUUUGAAGUGUCAGGAUGUGACAGAAUGUGAGCAAUGCUCAAAUAGUAUGUGUAAGGGAUAGUGAAUGCACUAUCUGUUUGUUGUUGUUAUUGUUGUUGUUAUUGUUGUUUGAUUGUGUUGCGGUGAUGUUAAGCCAGGCUAAAUACCAGUUGCAGUCAUUUUAUUUUUAUUUUAUAAGAUCAGACUCAAAAGGAAGGGCAGUAUCAAUAUUUUAAUGUUUUAUCAACAAAUUUUUAUCACACCAAUAACUGCAGCCUGGCCUGACGUGAAAAGCUCUGAAUAGUGGACUCUAGUCUUGAUAUUUAUUCAAGUUUGAAUUCUAUUAAAAGUGUGGUUGAUUGUUUUUCUUUGAAUGUAUAUUACUCUAUGCCUUGAGUGAGAUUAAAAUAUUUCUUAGGGAAAAGGGUUUCCUGUUUGUUGACAAUCCAUUUUGGGAUGCACACUGUCCUAAAACUAUAAGGAAAAGAGAUGCAAAUUUCAAGUUUAUCAGACUGUAGAUGACACUACAGUGCCAUAAACAUUAAUAACUUUGGCCUUUCAGUGAUAGCUUGAUUAAUAUUACUCUAAUGUUCUACAAAUCUGUUAAUCUUAGUACCAAAAGUCAAUGGUUCUGUGAAAGUACAAAGCUCCUCUGAUGCUUAACUAUGGUGAUAAACAUAGUAUGGGUAGUGAACACGGAAGUCACUUAGAAAAGUGCCAUUGUCCAUAUGGAAUUUCUAGGGGUUCUAGUGAUCACAAAUGGUUUCGGAGUAUCCUGGUAUUUGUAUCUGUUUAAAUGUUACUCAAAUUUCUGAAGAUUUUUUUCUUUAUGAGCAAUUUGCUAUUUGUAUGACAGCUCCCAAUUCCUAUGCACACCAAUAUCUCCUGAUUGAUGUUUGCCAACAUAUGCUCUGAAGCAUCUGAAACAUUGUAAUUAGGAGGUGUGUGUUACUGCUAGGUGAUUUAAAUUCUUCAUUUAUAAUAUUAAAAUGAUAUUUUACCAAAAGCUUGAUUGUUACACCCUCAGUCAGGUCUGAAUAUUUUUUUAAAAUGGGAAAAUGAAAUUAUAUAAGAUUGUACAUAGAUUUUUACGUUUAUGUUCAAUAGAUUUAUAUGUACAGUAUUUUUGUUCAUGUUCUUGUGAUGAAUUGGCAUGAGAUUAUUUUGGAACAUAAAGUUAGUCUUUGUAUAAAUUACUGAAGAGCUUAGGAACUAAUUCUAGUUGUUAAAAUUGUUCCUGCCAUGUGUGAUUUUGAUGUGGAAAACAAGUUUAAUACCCCUUUUGUUAUGUUCUAUAGUACUGUCUCACCAGCUGGCCAAACGUAUAAAAUGAUGGCUAAUUAUUAAUAUGAUGUAUCUGGUUUUACAUGAGUGACUCUGCAGACUGUGAGUGCAAGUGAUUGAGUGAAUGUAUGAGCAAACCCUGGAAAAAAAAUUAAGGGGCAGGGUGGCAAUUAAGGGGCAAGUAAGUGGCAGCUCUGCCCCUUAGCUGCCACUUAGUUAAGUGGCAGUUAAGUGGAUUGUUUCCCUUUAAAGUACAUUGAAGUGGUAAGCAUGUGGCUAAGAAGUGGCAUUCAGGAUCUGAAGUGGCAAAGCUGUUGAAAUUGUUCACAAUGUUGAGACUGCGGUUGUGUAAGUUCCACAAGUCCCCAGCAGGGGCUCGUAAACCCUACUUUACAAAAAUUGACAAGUGAGUACACUCAUCGCCUCCGAAGCAGGCAAUUGUCUUGGAAUAGCGUCCAGACUAUGGCUCUGUUAGCAUGGUGAUUCAUCAGUGAGAGCUAACUUUCUACUCAUAGUGUCACUUUAAUGCCACUUAAAAUACAGCUUUAAAUGUGCACUUCUUCACCCCUUGGUGGGCACUUCGGUACCACUCUAGUGCCGCUUAAUAUUCACCACUUCAUUACUCCUUGGGAACCACUCUAAAGUAUCCUCAGUGCCACUUCAAAAAUAGAACCUUCAUUGCCAUUUGUAUGACACUUAAAUGCCACCUGGGCUCUUAGACACUUUGAUGCCACUUACUUUCCCCUUAAUUGCCACUUUGCCUCUUAAUUUUUUUUCCAGGGAAUUCUCUCCUUUUUGAAGAAGUUAACCAUCUCUCCUAGUCAUAAAUAAUGAACUUCUGCUGACAUACGGCUGUCAUUUUUAAUUUUAUGUUUGUAAUGUUUGCAUGUUUGUGCGGUUCAUAAGAGAGAAUGAUCCGCCCACCAUUGAAUGAGAUGUAUUUUUCAGCAUUUGCUGUAAAAUAUUUGACGUAAGUUAAUAAAUUAAAGAAAGUUUUCAA